AUGAGCGCAGAAAUAUUGUAUAUCUUGAAGAUCGCAAUAUUGUUAGGGGUGUACGGAGCAAGUCUACCUCGCCACGAGACAGCCAGGUUGAGCAUCAGCUCGAUAUUUGAGACUGCUGUGCCAGCAGCCAUACACCCGCUGAUAGCUGCUGGCUCUGACAGGUAUGGCCAAGAUCCUAAAAACAUUACCCUUAUCGGGCACAGUUUGGGUGCCCAUAUAGCUGGUAUUGCCAGCAAAAGUGUUCGAAGGCUCACUGGCGAGACAAUCGGACGCAUUAUAGCUCUAGACCCGGCUGGGCCUUGCUUCAGUAACAUUAGCCACGCGAGCCGUCUAGAUCGCGAUGAUGCAGCAUUCGUGGAUGUCAUCCACACAAACGGCGGUAUAUUGGGAUUAAAAGAGCCUCUAGCUCGCAAAUGCAACAAUUGGACUAUGUUUCGCGGCGGACACUGUGGAAACAACGAGCUCGCCUUUAUGGGGAUUAAGUCAAAGGCUGGAAGUUCAGGGGCUUACUUUCUUACCACCAGUUCAUCACCACCAUUCGGUCUUGGUACGGCCGGCGCUGAC